GGCUGUGACGCGCGUGGCUGCUGCGGCUGCUCCGCCGGCGGCUCAUCACUCUCGGGCUGGGAUGGACGAGGGGCGGGCGGGCCCCGGCUCGCAGAACCAGGAGUUCGGGCCGCCCAGCAGCUAAGCGCUUCCCCCAUCAUUCCUCUCCUCUACCUCCACCAUCCCCCGAGGGACACUGGCCCCGCUCUGCCUUCCCCUAUCCCAGGAUCUCUGGAACCUAGCUUCCAAACCCUUAGCCCAGGGUUGGGGAGAUCGGCAAGGGACCCCAAACCCGACCUUUUCUGAUCUCCCCUGGAUUUUCUUCCCCCUUAUUCGAGACCGAGUGGAUUCCUUCUCUUUCCUAAGGAUUCCGACCUAAUUCCCUCCUGUUCAGAGGAUUCAGCGUGGGGCCUUCCCGACAGCCCUCAGAUCCCUUAGGAUCUCCGGAGACUAUUCCCCCCCAUCCCCGAUCCCUCAAGAUCCGUGAGAUCCGCCACCUUCUCCCCAAUUUUAAUUCUUCCUCAAUCAAGUCCCAUCGGGAGACGCCCCCAGCCCCUUUUGAAUUAUCUCCAGGGAUCCAGCGAUCUCCAGUCCAUCGUACUCUACCCCCGCUGCGGGAUUCCUGGUUCCCAGCCCCCUCCUAAGCGGGUAUCUGCUUCUCCUUUCCCGGGCCUCGUACCCUGCCUCUCCUCUCCCAGAGAAUCGACUGGAUCCGGGCCCGCCCCCGGGGCUUGGGGUAAUCCCCCUCCCCAGUAGGGUGAGGCGCUGUGGGCGGGGGCUCGUUCUGCCGGGUUUGGAGGCUCUAAGGCCCCUGCAAGGACCCUGUGUGCCUCUCUCCUCCCCCACUCCGACCCCCAGAUGGAGAAGCCACGGCCCCGGGGUUGAGGCAGCUACUCUUUUAUCUUUCUAGGUCCUGCCAUCUUCCCUCACUUAUCAUUUACCCUCCCCCAUUCCCCACCCUUUGCUCUCUCCAUGGAGCGCAACAGACCUCUCUCCUCCCCGAUCUAACUCCCCCUCCCUCCCUGCCCCCUUUCCUUCCCCCUUUUCCCCUUCCCCAUCCUUCCCCCUGGGGAGAGGGGGGGACCUCCCUCCCUCUCCCCCCCUCACUCUCUCUCUCUCCGAGGGGGGGAUCCCAGGGAGGGAGGGGGGUCCCCCCCAAUCAGCAUGUGGCUCUUGGUGCUGUGUCUGGUGGGGCUGGUGGGGGCUCAAAGGGGAGGAGGGGGACCAAUAGGGGGUAUCCCAGGGGGUCCUGGGGCUGGGGAGGAACGCUUCCCAGUGGUUGGCACUGCAUAUGGACGCGUGCGGGGAGUUCGCAGAGAACUCAACAACGAGAUCCUGGGCCCAGUGAUGCAGUUCCUGGGGGUACCCUACGCCACACCCCCUCUGGGGGCCCGACGCUUCCAGCCCCCAGAGGCACCAGCCUCUUGGCCUGGGGUGAGGAACGCUACCGCCCUCCCGCCUGCCUGCCCCCAGAACCUCCACGGCGCCCUCCCAGCCAUCAUGCUCCCGGUCUGGUUCACGGACAACCUGGAGGCUGCCGCUGGCUACGUGCAGAAUCAGAGUGAGGACUGUCUGUACCUCAACCUCUACGUACCCACUGAGGAUGGUCCGAUCACAAAAAAACGUGACGAGUCGACGCUCAAUCCGCCCCCGCCAGACACAGACAUCCGGGACUCGGGGAAGAAGCCGGUGAUGCUGUUCCUCCACGGGGGCUCCUACAUGGAGGGAACGGGGAACAUGUUUGACGGCUCCGUCCUGGCCGCUUAUGGCAACGUGAUUGUGGUCACGCUCAACUACCGGCUCGGUGUGCUCGGGUUCCUCAGCACAGGGGACCAGGCUGCCAAGGGUAACUAUGGGCUCCUCGACCAGAUCCAAGCACUGCGCUGGCUCAGUGAAAACGUGGGGCACUUUGGAGGUGACCCAGAGCGAAUUACCAUCUUUGGCUCUGGAGCUGGAGCCUCAUGUGUUAACCUGCUUAUUCUCUCUCAUCAUUCUGAAGGACUGUUCCAGAAAGCCAUUGCCCAGAGUGGUACAGCCAUUUCCAGCUGGUCUGUAAACUACCAGCCACUCAAGUACACACAACUGUUGGCAGCCAAGGUAGGCUGUAACCAGGAAGAAAAUGCUGAGGUUGUGGAAUGUCUUCGAAGAAAACCUUCUCGAGAGCUUGUUGAUCAGGAUGUGCAACCAGCUCGCUACCACAUUGCCUUUGGUCCAGUGGUGGAUGGUGACGUGGUCCCAGAUGACCCAGAGAUCCUGAUGCAGCAGGGUGAAUUUCUCAACUAUGACAUGCUGAUUGGUGUCAACCAAGGUGAGGGCUUGAAGUUUGUGGAGGAUUCAGCCGAGAGCGAGGAUGGUGUGUCAGCUAGCGCCUUUGACUUCACAGUCUCCAAUUUUGUGGACAACCUCUAUGGCUAUCCUGAGGGCAAGGAUGUCCUGCGAGAAACCAUCAAAUUCAUGUACACAGACUGGGCUGACCGGGACAAUGGUGAAAUGAGGCGGAAGACACUCCUAGCUCUCUUUACUGACCACCAGUGGGUGGCUCCAGCCGUGGCUACCGCAAAGCUUCAUGCUGAUUACCAAUCACCUGUCUACUUCUAUACUUUCUACCAUCAUUGCCAGGCAGAGGGCAGGCCUGAGUGGGCUGAUGCAGCUCAUGGUGAUGAGCUGCCCUACGUGUUUGGGGUGCCCAUGGUGGGUGCCACGGAUCUCUUUCCCUGCAACUUCUCCAAGAAUGAUGUCAUGCUCAGCGCUGUUGUCAUGACCUACUGGACCAACUUCGCCAAGACUGGUGAUCCCAACCAGCCAGUUCCCCAGGAUACCAAGUUCAUCCACACCAAGCCCAACCGCUUUGAGGAGGUCGUGUGGAGCAAGUUCAACAGUAAGGAGAAGCAGUACCUGCAUAUAGGCCUCAAACCCCGGGUCCGAGACAACUACCGUGCCAACAAGGUGGCCUUCUGGCUAGAGCUGGUACCCCACCUCCACAAUCUGCACACUGAACUCAUCACAUCCACUACCACCCGCCUGCCACCCUAUGCUACACGCUGGCCCCCUCGCCCACCUCCUGGAGCCACGGGUACCCGCCGGCCCCCACCACCAGCCACAACUCCACCUGAGCCUGAACCAGACCCAGGGCCCCGGGCCUAUGAUCGCUUCCCAGGGGAUUCACGGGACUACUCCACAGAAUUGAGUGUCACUGUGGCUGUUGGUGCCUCACUGCUCUUCCUCAACAUCCUAGCCUUUGCUGCCCUGUACUACAAGCGGGACCGACGACAGGAGCUACGUUGCCGGCGGCUCAGCCCACCUGGGGGCACAGGCUCAGGAGGGCUUGGUGGGGGCCCCCUACUCCCCACAGCUGGCCGGGAGCUACCUGAGGAGGAAUUGGUGUCAUUGCAGCUAAAGCGGGGGGGAGGUGUAGGGGCAGAUCCAGGAGAGACUCUACGCCCAUCUUGCCCACCUGAUUAUACCCUUGCUCUUCGUCGGGCACCAGACGACAUGCCUCUCCUUGCCCCUGGUGCCCUGACCUUGCUGCCAAGUGGUUUAGGUCCACCUCCACCCCCUCCGCCCCCCACCCUCCAUCCUUUUGGGCCCUUCCCUCUGCCUCCCCCAACCACUGCCAGCCACAACAACACGCUACCCCAUCCCCAUUCUACCACUCGGGUAUAGGGGCAGCAUUGGGGGACGGAGCACCUCACUUAGCUCUCCCCAAACCAGAUAGGAAGGGAGACUCAACAAUGAUCAUGGAGUCUAGGGGUUGGGUUGAGAAGAAUUGUGGGUACUGGGAUGCCCACCCAAGCAUGUCAAAACACCUUAUUAAGGUGGACACAAGUUUUCACAUCAAGAUGUGCAUACUCUGCCCAUGGAGAUACAAUUUCUUAUCUGGACAUCAGUCUUUAGACUUGUCGUGGGAUGACUUUUCCUACUGGGACACAGGUCUUAUGGUGUGAGGAAGUGUGUUUUCACAUUUAAGGCCUGCUUUUUCACAUGGAGGUCUAUUUUCCUAUAAUGGGGCAUGUUUUCCCACAUUCAGAGUGGAUUUUGGGGGCCACCCUGGACACUUUUUGCCCCCCCCUCAAGGUAAUUCCUUCUAGGGUUUGGACCCCAGAAACUCUUACUCUCUAAAGGAAACCUUGGGAACAGGCAUUUUUAUACCUGUCAGUGUAAAGUUGGAAUGCCUACCAAUCCAAGGAUUGACACCCAGGAAAGAAGGGUAAGGUGAUCACAGGGACACCCAGUGAAUCAUGUUUUUUCUAAUGGCAUCAUUUUGAUGAAGCAUGUUCUCCUGUGUAGGCAUGAGUCUUCCACAUGUAGGCACAGACUUAUCAUUGGGUGGGAGGGGAAAGAGUGCAACUAUGUGGACCCAUGCUGCUUGUGAGCAUCAGACAUGCGGUUUCCCAUAUGGACAUGUCAUAUGGGGAAAGUAAGUUUCCUGUGUGGACAUGUUACUGCAUGUGGAUGUGUGUUUUUCCAUCUGGAUGCCUCUGUCUGCCCAGGACUCCCCCAAUUUCCAACCCUCAUCCCCAAUGAACUGACUCCAGUCCCAAAUUCCUUCCUGGACAUUGGAUAAGAAGAAAUUCAAGGCCAAGAGAAGUCAUGGGGAGUUAGCUGCAGACAACAUAAUAAAGUUGCCCUUUAUUUUGUACAAAUUCUAGGGGGUGGGGAGGAGAUACACACACCCCUUCCCACUCACGGAGAUACUGAAAUCAACAGGUGGCUGGGGUGGAUAUGGGGACUAAGGUGGCAAUGCAUGCUUGACCAAAGUCCCAGACCAGGUUCUAAGGGGCAGUCCUCCCCCUACCUCUCUUACCAGCAUUCAUCUGUGCCAAACUUAAGGGUUUGAAGUGUGUCAGACCCUACCCCCAAGUGCCAAGGACUCUUUCCCAGGGAAGGGGGAGGGAGGAGGCUCUGGGGGCCGAUGAGAUAUAUGGGGAGGGUAAACAAAAAUAAGAAGGCCUAACUUUGUGCCCCUACCCAUCUCUCUCUGCCUCAGUUCCUCUUUCUUUCUCUCUCUCUCUCUCUCUCUCUCACUCACUCACUCCCACUCCACCCCUCUCUUCCCUCAGCUCUUUUUAUGGUUUAAAUUUUUCCUCUUGUCUCUUUUUUUCUGCUUUCUCCCCUUGCCUAAGAUAGACUUAAUUGUUUUCCCACCCUCUCCUUCAGAUCCCUUGAGCCCUUGGUUGGGCUGGGUGGGGAAUUUGGGACUGGAAAUUGACCUGAAAAUAGAUUUUUCAGCAGGGAGCAGAGGUCUAGUACAAUGUGGGGAUUACAUGGGAUCUGAUACUGGGAAAUAGGGAAACCCAUUCCAGGGUUGCCAGAAGUAUCUGAAGGAGGUAUUAGCAAGAAGAAUUUGAAAGUGAUAAAGUGAAAUAAGGUUUUUUUCUUUGAAAACUCUAAAAAAAGGAGAAUUGGGAGUCACUAGUGGGGAAGAAUUGAAAAGGGAGAUAACCAAAAGUUUUUAAGGUUUUGGAGGAAACAAUGAAAAAAAUAGCACCUCCAAUUUCUUGGGGGCAUUUGGUGCCAAACCAGCUGGGGACAGGAGGGAGCCUAUGCCCUUCCAAUAACACCCCAAACCUAAACCUCAUCCUGUCUCCCCAAUUUCUGACCUAGAACUUGCCUUCUUCCUCAUAGACAUUCACCAUAUCCACCUUCUGGUCCUUUUAAUCCCUCAUUUUCUCUGGAGAGUUACUCAGAUUCUAGGGACCUUAACCCUGAAACCCAAUAGAUAUGCUUACAGCUUUGGGGCACAAGAGGGGCACUGGUAUGGACCUGGAGUAUCCCACAAUUGAGCCACGGAUUCUACCACCUAGCCCCCAAUUUUCCUCUAAGUCUUCAUCUCUCUCCUACCCACCUUGCCCACAAACCCCCUACCCUAGCAGCUCUGUACACAUUUUUAAACCUGGCAAAAGAUGAUGAAGAGAAUUAUUGUAAAUAUAAAAGUUUAACUAUUA